AUUUUAUUAUGGCCACAGAAGAAUCGAAUGGGCUCAAUUUCACCAAGGCCGAAGCAAUUGAGACAAUUUUGUAUCAACUCAAAGCUUCAACUAAAUGCGAAGAACAUCGGAAGCGCUUUACGCUUUGUAGAGCUACACAAGUGGGCAGGCUAGGAGAUCCCACUUUUUGUGAAGACAAGGCAGCGAAGUACCUUGAUUGAUAUAACAAGGUCAAGUUUUUAUAUCCCUCUAAUGAAGAAUCACUUCUUUCUAAAGAAAAAGCUAGUUUUACCAACAGAAAGAAGAGACACUGAGUGACUCAAUACCAAGCAGCUUUUGAUUGAUUAUAUCAGAACGAAAGUAAGAUCCCUGAUUGGGCAAGGUUCAGUCCAAAUGGCAAAUGAAUGAGAGAGGUUGAUGAUUUCAUGCUCUGUUAG